AUUUUGUGCUAUAUACCCAUUGCACCAUGAACCUCCUCUUCAUUCCGUUGACGUUAUACCCAUUCCCCCAUGCUAUGGACUCUCUAACUCAAUUGCUGAACCCAAACAAACAAUUGGAUCACCUGAGCCCAAUGUGGUUUCUAUCUAAGAGCCCAGCCCAUGUUCUUUUGUGUUGAGAAUUUUCUAUUUCAUGGGCCUGUUUUCGCGCUUAGGUUUGUGGGAGCGAAGUGCGAACACAGAACAAAGACACCGACUUUGUCGAAUCCUUUUGAUGAUCUCUGUUGUUAUCAAAUUUAAUGGAUUUCAAUCGUCCAGACUGCUUGAUUCUCUUCCCUACAUUUUCAGAUCAAUAUGUUGCCGCACUCAAGUUGUCAGUUUUUACUCCUCUGCGUCAGAGCCCGUUCCGCCACCGGCAUCACCAUCACAAUCGCCGCCGCUACCACCGCUUUCUGUUAUCACAUCAGUAUGCUCAUUGGUCUGUGAGUCUUACUACCAACACCAAACCCAUACGAGAUCAUCACCUCCCAAGCUCAAUCUCAGUAUAGACAUUGAUUCUUUAACCCAUGAACAGGCCAUUACAGUAGUUGCCGCACUCGCCGACGAGGCGGGUUCGAUGGUGGCGUUGAGUUUCUUCCAUUGGGCAAUUGGGUUCGCCAAAUUUAGGCAUUUUAUGCGCUUAUAUAUUGUCUGCGCUACUUCGUUGGUUAACAAUGGAAAUUUGGAGAGAGCCCAUGAAGUGAUGCAGUGUAUGGUGCAGAGUUUCUCUGAGAUUGGGAAGUUAAAAGAGGCUGUUAGUAUGAUAAUUGAGAUGGGGUUCCAAGGAUUGACUUUGAGUACAAGGACAUUGAAUAUUGUUCUUGGUAUAGCCUGUGAAAUGGGCUUGGUUGAGUAUGCGGAGGAUGUGUUCGAGGAAAUGCGUGUAAGAGGGGUCAGUCCUAAUUCUACUAGUUACAAGUUGAUUCUUUUUGGUAAUUGUAGAGCGGGGAGGAUUUUAGAUGCGGAUAGGUGGCUGAGUGAGAUGGUUGAGAGAGGUUUUGUUGUUGACAGUGCAACCUGUACUUUGGUUAUUAGCGCGUUUGUUGAAAAGGGAUUUGUGAAUAGAGCAAUUUGGUGUUUUGAUAAAUGGGUUGAGCUGGGUAUGAAACCUAAUUUGAUUCAUUUCACAUCCUUGAUUAACGGGAUGUGCAAGAGGGGCAGCAUUAAGCAAGCUUUUGAAAUGCUGGAGGAAAUGGUUAGGAAGGGUUGGAAACCAAAUGUUUAUACGCAUACAGCAUUGAUCGACGGUCUGUGCAAGAAGGGAUGGACGGACAAAGCAUUUAGACUGUUUCUCAAGCUUGUUCGGAGUGAUCAUUACAAGCCAAAUGUGCAUACAUAUACUUCCAUGAUCUGCGGAUAUUGCAAAGACGAUAAAUUGAGCAGGGCAGAGAUGUUGUUGACCAGAAUGAAAGAACAGGGUCUAGCUCCUAAUACAAACACAUAUACUACUCUUAUUGGCGGGCACUCCAAAGCAGGCAAUUUUGAAAGGGCCUAUGAGUUGAUGGAUUUGAUGGGUGAAGAAGGAUGUGCUCCUAAUAUUUAUACAUAUAAUGCAAUAGCUGAUGGUCUCUGCAAAAAAGGGAGGGUUCAAGAAGCAUAUAACCUUCUUAAGAAGGCUUUUCGACAUGGAUUGCAAGCUGAUAGAGUUACUUACACCAUGCUGAUAUCUGAGCACUGUAAGCAUGGUGACACUAAGCAAGCCAUGGUGUUUCUCAGUAAAAUGGUUAAAGUUGGCCUUCAAUUUGAUAUGCAUUUGUAUACCACAUUAAUUGCCGCCUUCUGUAGGCAAGAAAGAAUGAAAGAAAGCGAGAAACUUUUUGAGGAAGCUGUCAGCUUAGGCUUGGUUCCUGCUAAAGAAACUUACACUUCUAUGAUAUGUGGGUAUUGUAGGAAUAAAAAUAUCAGCCUUGCUAUGAAGUUUUUCCAUAGGAUGAGUAACCAUGGUUGUACACCAGAUAGUAUCACAUUUGGAGCUCUCAUUAGUGGGCUCUGCAAAUUGUCCAAGUUGGAUGAGGCUUGUGAAUUAUAUGAGACAAUGAUAGACAAGGGGUUGUCUCCCUGUGAAGUUACCAGGGUCACAUUAGCUUAUGAGUAUUGCCAAAAGGAUGAUCUUGCCACAGCUAUGGUUAUUUUGGAAAGGCUUGAGAAAAAACCCUGGAUACGGACAGUUAAUACAUUGGUGAGAAAGCUUUGCAGUGAAAAGAAAGUAGGCAUUGCAGCUCUUUUCUUUCAUAAAUUAUUGGAUAAGGAUCGUAAUGUGGAUCGCGUGACUUUGGCAGCCUUUAUGACAGCAUGUUAUGAGAGUGGCAAGUAUGCUCUUGUUUCUGACUUGUCUGAAAAAAUCUCUAGAGGAAUUGGUUAACGAACAACAAAAUGAAGUGAAAAAAGUUGGUUUUCUUGCGUCUUAGAAGCUGAAUUGUCAAUGUGAGUUCCAUGGAGUUUUCUGAAGAAAUACAAUCCAUUGUGGUAUCUAUGCAGAGCUUUCGGUCACUACAACACCAUUGGAAGGUCCCAUUGAAUUUCAGACAAAAGCUUGAAAUCUGUUUCCUAAGCCAUGACUCCUCUUCAGAGGAAACACAUCAUACGAGUGUGCCAUCACUGAACCUGAACUGAUAGUUCAGAGCAGGAUCUCAAAUGUCUCACUGUUUUUCUUGCAUUGACUUAAAAUGGGUUUGUCGAAGCUAUUGUCCCAUUGAAAUUCCCCUCGAUGAACCACAACUCGAAUGAGGAAUCGCAUUUGAGAUGGUAGUUCUAACAUUAUAAUGAAAUACUUUGAAGGCUUUGAAUUGGGGACGGAUUUGCUAACAAUUUCAGCAGAAGUUGCAUUGAAGAUUUAUCAGAUGUUCUUCUCUUAUAUACAUUUUCCUGUGUCCAUUGUCCCCUGUUGUGUACAAUUUAAAGAGAUUCAUUUUGGCAGGGAAAAGCCUUGAAAUGCUGGGAAACCUGUCAUAUCUCUGAAAACUCUACUCUCCAAUGUAUAUUAAUAGGACAGAUUAGGGCUUCGUAACUUUUGGGAUGAGGCAGAGUCAAGUAAUAAUAGGACAGCACAGGAAAACUUGCAAUUACAAUGCAAUUCAAAAAAAGUAUUCUUUAAGGA